UCAACUUGGCUGUUUAGUUCGGAAGCGACUUUUGCCGUGUUUGGUUAUUAAUUUCGUGGUUUUGUGUGUGCGUUGCGAUAGGAAACUAUUUGCCGCCGGUUGUUGGUUUUUGUGUGCCGCAGUUGACAGAAAGCAAAUGGCUGCAUGCCGCAUUUGCACAGUGCCAUUGAAGUAGUGCUAGAAUUGUGAAGUGAAAAGAAUACGAAAAUUUUAUUAAAUAUUUAUAAAAAUUGUGCAAUAUGCGCAUGUUUUGAGUGAUAUUCAACUUCAUCAUUGCUGGAGUGCAAAGUGAGCUGAUUUGCAUAAAAAAUAUGCUGCACAUUUAGGAGCUGAAAAGGCAUGAUGUACGUGACGGAUGAAGUGAAUUGUGCUUAGAGUAUGUCCAUAGGUGUGUGUAUAUGUACAUAUGUAUGUAUGCAUUCUUGUAUUAUUGAAAUGAAGCAUAAUUUGGAAAGCGCAUAUUAUGUUAUUAAAAAAUUGUGUUCAACAAGUUAUAAGUGCAUAAAGAGUACAUAAAGAGUAAAAGUACAUAGAUAAAAUCUUCAUUUUGAAUAUCAUAUGCGAAAAUAUAUGUGUACUUGAGUGUAACUUGCAAUAAAAACAAGUACAACGAUUAUUCGAAAAUGAAUUGGAGCCCGGCAGAGCCUAAAAGUGUUUCUUAAAGUGAUGCUUCGACACCAAAGUCAUUCAAACAUGAUUUUUGUGGAAGCAAUGAUCUAUAAACUACUAUCAUAAAUUUGAAUAUGACCAAUUUUAUAUCGAAAGAUGAAGUAAUAAGUACUUGGCAUACAAUUUACUAUUCAAAAUAUAUAAAGUUUGAAAUCUUCCUACGUGAAAAUAUUGAAAAGUGAAGUGGCACGUAGAAUUAUUCUUGGAAAUAGUUUUUAAAAUAAAGAAAUAACUAUAUAAAAUAAAGAAUACCUACCACCAAAUGCUCGAAAUAUAUAAUAGAGCCUAAAAAUAUUUCGAAAGCAAGUAAAAUUUGCACUGUUUGAGAAAACUUCGGCGUUUACUAUAAAUUGUGAACCUCAAAAGUUAAUGAAAAUGUUGAAAAUAUGCAAUAAAAAUAAAAAUUUAUAAAUAAAAGUGCGUGUAAAUCGGAGAUUGUGGCCAAAAGAGCAUAGAAACCGCUACCUUCUAUCUAAAAAUUAUUAUUAUUUUUGUAAAUAUAAAGAAAAAAUUUUAUUUAUAUACGGAAAUCGGAAAAUGUAUGAAAAAGAUCUACUAUAUAAAAAUGUAAACAUUAUUUUAUAUUACAGUGUAAGAGAAAAUUGCAGACAACAACAUAAAAUUGGAAAUAAAUUUCAUUUUAAUUAUUUUAUACAUAUUGCAAUGUGAUAAAAAAUGCAGAAAAUAAUAAAAAAUUGAAAAAUAAUUUUAUUUUAAUUUUCUUAUAUGUAUAAAAAUGUGAGAAAGAAGUGCAUAAAACAACAAAAAAAAAGGAAUAAAAUUUUAUUGUGAGUGUCACUUUAAAAUAAUUAAAAUAUUUGCUGCCAAUAAUGUUCAGAAGUUUGCUUAAUAAGAAGUACAAACAGAAAUAUUUUCGCAAUUACUGAAAAGCAUGAAAUUAAAUCAUUAAAUUAUAUGUGGAAAAUUAAAAAAAAUACGUUUAAACAAAAUAAAAAAUCGAAAAUGCAUAUAUUGAAUUGAAAAAAAAAUUGAAAAAAUUGUUGAUAAAGUAAAAAUAAAGUUAACAAUUUUUUGAUAAAAAAAAUAAUGCUUUCGCAAAAAUAAAUAUAAAAAUUGCUAAAACUAAGUGACAUUGUUCGAUUUGUGUAUAAAGUACAUGCGAUUAAAUUCUCGCUAUGAACCCCAACAAAAAAGUGUUCAAGGCAUGCAUAAAAAAAUAAUUUUAUCACUUACACCACGAUAAAAGUGUUUAAUUGCAGCAUGUUCCUCUAAAAUCGAGCCGUUUAAAUAUAAAUAAAAUUUUGCAUAUAACAAAUACACAUGCAACAAUAAAAUACAAUACACAACAAUAAAAAACGUGUGCAAAAUCCAUCACAAAUCAUUAAAAAUUCGAAAUCACCCAUUUACGUCGUGAAAAUGUACGCACAUCAAAGCAAAAUGCCGACGGCAAGUCGUAACUGUAACGUGCUAAUCUGUGCCAUAAUCGUCGCGUUCACUUGUUGCCUCACAACGCCAACCGUACGCGCCGUGCAUCGGUAUGAUCAAACGCCGGUCGAAGCUAGCCCUUACUACCGCACCUCCGCAUCGGGUGAAAUGAUCAGUUCAUCGGCAAUGACAAGCGAUGCAUUUCCGCAUCAUAAUCGUUGUGAACCGAUCACAAUUUCCAUAUGUAAAAAUAUACCCUACAAUAUGACAAUAAUGCCGAAUUUAAUUGGUCAUACGAAGCAAGAGGAAGCCGGUUUGGAGGUACAUCAAUUUGCGCCGCUCGUUAAAAUCGGUUGUAGUCCCGAUUUGCAGUUAUUCCUUUGCUCUUUGUAUGUGCCCGUUUGUACGAUACUCGAACAGCCCAUACCGCCGUGUCGUUCGUUAUGUGAAUCGGCGCGUAUCUGUGAGACACUCAUGAAAACGUAUAAUUUCAAUUGGCCGGAGAAUUUGGAGUGUUCGAAAUUUCCCGUUAGUGGCGGUGAGGCUUUGUGUGUUGCCGAGAAUACGACUUCGUCGACGCCAACACCGACGCGUAGCAUACCGAAGGUGACGCCGCGCAAAAAUUAUGCAGAUAGUCCGCAUCGUAAUAUCGGUUUCGUGUGUCCGGUUCAAUUGAAGACACCCCAAGGAAUGGGUUAUGCGCUUAAAGUUGGCGGAAAGGAAUUACGCGACUGUGGCGCACCAUGCCAUGCCAUGUUCUUCCCGGAAAAAGAACGCACUGUACUCCGCUACUGGGUUGGCUCGUGGGCGGCUGUUUGUGUGGCGAGUUGUCUAUUUACGGUGCUGACCUUUCUCAUUGACUCGUCGCGUUUUCGCUAUCCGGAGCGUGCCAUUGUUUUUCUCGCCGUUUGCUAUCUCGUCGUGGGUUGCGCGUAUGUGGCCGGUUUGGGCGCGGGCGAUUCGGUGGCGUGCCGUGAACCUUUUCCGCCACCGGUGCGGCUAGGGCGGUUGCAGAUGAUGUCGACCAUAACACAGGGUCAUCGCCAAACCACCGCUUGCACGGUUUUAUUUAUGGCGCUGUACUUUUGUUGCAUGGCCGCCUUUGCUUGGUGGUCGUGCUUGGCGUUCGCCUGGUUUUUAGCCGCCGGCCUCAAAUGGGGUCACGAGGCGAUCGAAAAUAAAUCGCAUUUAUUUCAUUUGGUCGCCUGGGCCAUACCGGCGUUGCAGACAAUUUCGGUGCUGGCAUUGGCCAAAGUUGAAGGCGACAUACUCUCUGGUGUUUGUUUCGUCGGUCAACUGGAUACACACUCACUUGGCGUCUUCCUCAUACUACCGCUCUGUAUUUAUCUCUCCAUCGGCGCACUCUUUCUACUCGCCGGCUUUGUAUCGCUCUUUCGCAUACGUACCGUUAUGAAGACAGAUGGCAAGCGUACGGAUAAAUUGGAGCGUCUCAUGAUGCGUAUCGGUUUCUUCUCAGGGCUCUUCAUAUUGCCGGCGCUAGGUUUUCUUGGCUGUCUCUUCUAUGAGUAUUAUAACUUCGACGAAUGGAUGAUACAAUGGCAUCGCGAUAUUUGCAAACCCUUCUCCAUACCAUGUCCGCAGUUGCGCCAGGAUGGUUUGGAAUCGCGGCCCAUCUUCCAGAUUUAUAUGGCCAAAUAUUUGUGUUCAAUGUUGGUGGGCGUUACGUCGAGCGUGUGGUUGUAUUCGGGUAAGACGAUGGUGAGUUGGCGUAACUUCGUCGAGCGGCUGCAGGGGAAGGACCCGCGUACGCGUGCUCAGGCUUAUGUCUAGUUUAGUUAUUAGUGUCGUCAACAUUAUUAUUAAGAUAUGUAAAAGAGUGUGUGUGCUUGCAAGUUUCUCUUUGCAGUUGUUGCGUGAGUGAGUGUAAUAUGUGUUUGAGUUAUUUUUUGAGCUUUUUUUUAUUUUUGAGUGUAUUUUGUAAAAUAUUUCAGUAAAAAUGUUAGUGUAGUAUCCCAAGUCUCCUAAAAAUUACUUAACACAUAUAGAUAUAUAAAGCCUUGUUGUUUAUACCAACUGCUCAAUAGCUUAUUUGCACUCAAAUGAAUUGAGUGAAAGCCAAAAUGUUAGGUUAUAUGACAAUUAAAACUACUUAAGAAAUGAGAUUAUUAAGUAAUACUGCUGCUUAUGCUUGUAUGUGUGUGUUUGAGAAAUUUUUGUAUUGAGUGUUAUUUAUGUAGGUGUGUGCUAUUUUUCAACAGUUAUUUGCGUUUGUAAUAUAAUUGAGUGUUUUAGCCAUUUUUCUGAAACUUUUGAGUGCAAAUGUUAAAAAAUUACGGUGUGUUAAAAAGCUCAGCGAUUUCCAAAUUUUAUAACAAUUAUGAAAAAUAAACAAAAUUAAUUUUUAAGUCAAGUUUUUGGGUCUAAGGGCUUCAAUUGUACGUAUUAUUAAUAUAAUGUAUUUUACUUUAAAUAUUUGAUUGUGUAAAAACUUAACGGAUAUAUUUAGUUUGUAGUUGUAAAAGCUUUACAUGUGCCCUAAACAUAGUUGUAAAGAAGUAGACAGUUAAUUUAUUUUUCGAUAGAUAAAGAGGGAAGGCAGUUGAGAAGUUCAAAAUAUACAAAAAUUUGGAAAAUUGGCAACAUAGCCAAGUGAAAAUUGAAGAGAGUUUAAAUUAUAUAAGAUCUUUAUACUUUUUUGGUAAGACAUUUAUUUUUUACUAUACUAUUUUGACCUAUAUGCGAUCACGAGCCUAAAUGGCGUAACGUAAGAAGCAAUAUGCUCUUUUGAGCGACCGUGAGCGAUUUAAGCGCACUCCACUUGUCAGAUAAGACAGAAAUGGUUAAGAGUCUAGUUAGUAAUAUAUGUAACUUGUUGAAGAAAUAACUUUAAAUACUGUGUUUCACAAGUUCAUAAAAGUCAAAAAGCUCUUUGAAGGGAUUCAAAGCAAUUUUAGAUAUCUCCUUUUGACAGAUAACCAAAAGUAUAAGUAUUAUUCUAAUAUGGAAUAAGAGCUUACGAAAUACGUUCGUCUAUUUUGAGAUCAUUGUAGAGAGAUAUGUAUAUUCAAUAUAUUUUCGGACAUAUGGCCUCUUUUACUGAUAUUUUCUCGAAGUAUACAGCGAAAUAGCUGAAGCAACGGUUUCAAAGCACCUUAAUCUAUUUCGAGAAAUCAAUAUGUUGAGCUAAAUAGCGCAUAUUUUCGGCCCUGGUAUAGAUUUAUUACUGCAUUUUCGACAACUUUACCACAAUAGCUGUUAUAACGGUUUUAUCACUGUUGAAUAAAGUAUGGAUUUCACAGCCUCUAACCUUUCACUCUGCUUAUUGGGGCUUUAAAUAUGUUAAACGGUUUAUAUUUUUAGCAAAAUAUAUCGAUUUUUUUAUGGUAUAGUUUUUUAUUACGUCAUAAUUUGACAAAAUGAUUUUUUUCAAAAAUGAUUAAUUACAUUUCGUUAUAAUUUUCCUCCAAUUAACUAAAUGUGUUUUGUUAACAAUCUUUAUAUUUCUCCAAACUGCCUUCUCUUCAAAAUUAAACCUAAAACUCGAAAAUAUAAAGUAAAAAAUUUUCAAAAUACAAAAAAAAACUACAACUGACUUUCUACUAAAGCAAAGAACCAUAAGAAAAACGUCCUCCAUGUGCUAAAUAUUUAAAAAUAAAAUAAAAAAAUAAACAUACUAAGAAUUAAGACGAAAUGUUUUGUUACACUAGAAUUAAGCUGGUACAGAAUAUUGAAAAUAAAAUAUGUAAGGGAAUUAUUUUAAAAUAAUUUUCUCUUUAAAAAAUAAGCUUGCAUGUUAAAAUUUAAGCGCGACAAAAUAAAAACACAAAAUAA